AUGGUUGCAAAAAAGAGGGUCCAGCUGAGAAGCAAAGCAGCCAACUUACGGAAGAAUAGUUUAGAGCUGGGUGAUGCUGCUGAACAACAACAAUUUCCUCCUGACCCAAAGGCAUAUCUUCAUCAAGCGAGAGAGGCAAAGAAGGAGAAGCAACUUAAUAAAUCUAGGUCAUUUCUAACAAAGAUUAGAGAACAAGCGAAUGAUAAUGUUGGAAUUUCGAAGUCCGCACUAAGACGUAGGAAACGGAAACAAAGAGAUGACUUGAAGCCCAAAAUGCAAGAUUUAUUAUUAUCUCUACAAGACGAAGGUGUCUUAGAUAAAGAUGGGAAUGUUCAAGAUGGUAGUUUUGGUCCGUCUUCGACUGUUACAAGCAUAAAAAAAUCGAGCGGAUAUGAUGGGAUUCAUAAUGUAGUAGCUGAAGAAUCGGGCACAGUACCUGUAAAGAAGAAUGAGCCCAGCAUGAGAACUCAAAGAGGCGCCAAGUUGCUAGCUAAAAAUGAAGCUGUACGUUUUGCACAAGUUAUAAGUGAUCAAGGAUUUAAAAAAGAUCCUUUUGCCACUUUAAGGGAGGUUAUCAAAAUGAGAAAAUGA